AUGAGAUUACAAUCGCUUUGGACGCUUACUCUUGGCUGGGGUCUGUCCAAUGCCUUCAAAGACACCUCACCAUUCUUCUUCAGCUCCACCUCAGAACUCCUUACACCAUCCUCAAACCUCGUCUCCGGCUCCACCCUCCAUGUCGAGAUUGCAAGGCAACUAGAAAGAUGUCCAUCGGAGACUUAUAUCAUAGUUUUGCAGCCAGGUGUCACUGCCGCCGAAUACAAGGACAAGCUGGUCACGCCACGAUUAAGCCAGUUGGUAUCAGGCAGCGAUAAAGCCGUUCGUUCCAGCCUUGCCAUCUCUGACGUCAGAGGGACUAUAAAUACGGACGAUCUCAGUGCUCUUUUGCAGAGCAAAUGUGACGCGGAGAAUGUGAGAAUCGAUGCUUCAACAUCUACGCAAGAGGCUGGCUCACAUGCACUUGCAGCCGGUGCUUUCUCGAUUCAAGGAAACAACAAACCAAGAGUGAUCAACGUCGCGUUCCCCUACUUGCCCUUUGGUCAUGACCGUUUAGAGAAGCUCGCCGAGCAUGGUAUGCCCCAAGAGCCUGUAGCCCAAGAAGGAGCUAAUAUCGAGAAAGAUGCCUAUCUUGCCUCCAUCCUGAGCUUCAUGCCAUCUCCAAAAUAUACAGUCAUCUACACAACGACUCCAAACACAGGGGUUGUAAAACACACCCACGGCGAUUCGCAGCUUUACGAGAUGGACUCGCUUUUUCAGUCGACAGCACACGUCGACUUGAAACGGGAUCUUCGGAAUCAGAAACGAGACGCGAAUGUGUCACUGCCCGAGGGCCCACUAUUUGAGCGGUACCAAUUCCUCACCCCGGGUCUCUUCAUGGGAAUCCUAGCUGGCAUAAUCUUGCUAUCAAUCCUGUACAUUGCACUUUCGGGCAUCUCGAACCUUCAGGUCACAUAUGCAGCUUUUGAUAGAGAGACCGGACCUGCAGCCCAAAAGAACAAAGCACAAUAA